UUGGACACGGCAGUAUUUUGCAGGGCUUGGUUUUCAAAUCAAUGCUGCGAACUCUCUGCCCGCCCCUCACUCGUUGGGGAUUUCCUCUCCUUCGUUGCCAGCAGCAGCGACAGCCAAGAGCAGAAGGUCAAGCCGAGAUCUGCGGACAAGGGCAGGGGGCCCAGGCCCGUGCCGAGAUGAGGCGCUGAGGGCCGGCGGGAGCGGCGCCGCGGAGGGAGGAGGAGGAAGGCGGGAGGAGGAGGAGUUGAGGAGUACGGGCCCGGGAGCCUCCCCGCUUACUGCACUAGGAAGUGACGCUUUCGCUGAGUCCCGGAGAGAAAGAAACAAAGUUUGGUUUUUUUUUUCCCUCCUUCUUCACUCCCGCCCCCCUCUGCAAACAGCUGCUCCACGUUCCCCCGCGACGCCCGCCGUGCCUGCCUGCGCAGUUUAAAAGCAAUGCUAAGUAUCAUAACACUUCUGUAUAUUUGGAGGCAAGACACUGUAUCUUCUGGGAAUUACAGUAUUGGAACUGGCUCUGUGCUUUAUUCAAAGGACCUGUAACUAAGUGGACCCUACUGACCUCUGAACCACAAAGUAUAAGAGUGAAAAGAAGUGGGAGAAGCACACAAAGAAAAAGGAAGUGAAUGCACUUUUAUCUGGACUUCUUUCCUGACCUUUAUUACUGAAGCUGAAUGGAAAAGAAGGACUGCUGUGCCUUUCCUCCCCCAACCUCAGGGAUGGGUGGAUUAUAAAUACUGUAUGUGUGGCUGGGAGAACAGACUGAACCAUGAAUCUUCAAGCUCAGCAGAAGUCUUCAAGCAAACGGGCUGGGAAACGAGUUGCCUAUUUUAAUGAGCAGGACAUAGCAGUGCAGUCUAAAGAACCACAGCAGCAGCUUAAGGAAGGACAGUACUAUGGUCAUGGAGGGAAUAUACCAGUCUCUCAAACUAUGGAGAUUUCUCAUCCAGGAGGAUUAACAAGUGCACCCAACAACGUUGCUGUGAUGAACUCUGUUUACAAUCAAGAUAGGGGAGAACCGGUGAUGAUGCCUCAGUCAGUAACAGCUGUCAAGUGGCAGAAUUCACUAAUGGGAAACCGGUUGCCAGAGAGGGGUGACAGCCACUGGCAGUCUCCACCUUCAGUGUGGAACCACAGUAUGGUUUUUGGGGGCAACCCAAAAGGACCCCACUCCAAUGCUGGUGCCCCAGGCUUCUAUGGCCACCCAGAAGCCCUUAAAAGAAAUCAAGAGAAAGGAGUGUUUGUGUCACAGCUGGAUUUAUAUGGAGAUGCUGUCCAGCAGAUGAUGUCCCAAAAGGCUCAGCUGGAACAGCAAGCCCUGGUUAGACAGCAAGCUCAAAUGAAUUCUUUUCAUCAAAUGCAGAAACAGCAGCAGCAGAAUCAAACUCUGCCAUUGCAGCCUUUCCAACUUGCAUUUGGUCACCAAGGCCAAAAGCAAGGUCUUCCUGAGCUGUUACAUGUCUUUCAAGAAGCCCCAGCUUCUUCCAGUCCAGCAUUUACUGCACAACAAAAGCAGCAAGCUCUUCCCCAGCUACAGCUCUUUGAAAAUUUCUAUCCUCAGCAGCAGCAGCAGCAACAGGCUGCCGCACAAGCCUUUGGUCUGCAGCAAACAACUUCUAUAGCACAGCCUCAUGUGGCAGCUGCAGCACCUCAGCAUCACAUGAUGCCACACCAAUUUCAGCAAGCAGAGAGGAACCAGGAGCUAUUCAAGGCAUUAACAGAGCAGAACCAACAGACUGUGCUACCUCAGACGCAGAUUCCCUUUCCAAGAAGGUCACGGAGACUCUCCAAAGAAGGUGGCCUGCUGACAUCUGCAGGAGAAGUGUUGACUUCUAAGCAGGCAGAAGAACAACCUAGCAAUUUAUUUCUGCAUCACUGGCAAACACAUCAGCAAGAGGUCCCGUUACAGCAAACACCUGAGUCACUGGCCCACGGUAGAAGUAGCUAUUUGCACCCCAAAAGAUUGGAUCUGGGGCAGAAGGAUGUCCUGGUGAAUAGUGGGCAGUGCCAGAUGGAAACAGACAGGCAAGCUGCAGCCCAGAAUGGUAGAGAUGAGGAGAAGCAGGCAGCAGCACCUGAAGAAAACAGUCAGAGAACUAAUGAUUUUCAGAGUGUUAGAGGUGGUGUAAUCCAGAGCACCCGACGGAGGCGACGUGUUUCUCAAGAAGCCAAUUUGCUGACUUUGGCCCAAAAAGCUGUUGAGCUGGCCUCUCUUCAGAAUGUAAAGGAGCUGGAUAAUUCAGAGGAGAAGAAGAGUGUGCUAGUGACAGCUCCAGGACCUACUGCAGCUUCAAAGAGUGUUGUGGAAUUCGCCAGUUCUUCACCAGCUCCCAAAAAAGCCCGGGAGGAUAACAGCCUUGUGCCUCUUAUCAUUCCUGUGUCUGUGCCAGUGAGAAAAAUUGACUUGCAGAGCCUUGAAAAGGAAAAGUCUGAGGAUGGAAAGCUCCAGAGAGGCCAAGCAAACGAUCGAGCUCCUUGUGAACGGAAGCCUUCUGUGAUAGUCACUCGGAGGCGAUCUAAUCGUAAUACUAACAUGGAGGCCUCGAGUCAGCAUGAAGAUGCUGUUCCAAAGGAUGAAGCAGAGGGCUUUGCCCGAAAACCAAAGCAGCGGCCAAGACCCGAGCCACUCUUCAUACCACCAAAAGCUGGCACCUUUAUUGCACCACCUGUUUAUUCCAACAUUACUCCAUAUCAGAGCCACUUACGGUCACCUGUCCGUCUGGCAGACCAUCCUUCAGACAGGAACUUUGAGCUACCUCCUUACACUCCUCCCCCAAUCCUUAGUCCAGUGAGAGAAGGAUCUGGGCUGUAUUUUAAUGCUAUCCUCUCUUCAAGUGGUCACUCAGUUGCACCUCCAAUGACGCCCAAAAGUGGUCAUAGAACUCUGCUUAGAUCAAAUAGUUCAGAAGUUACCCCUCCGAUUCUUACAGUAGUGGGGGAAGCCACCCCGGUCAGCAUUGAACCGCGAAUAAAUGUAGGAACUCGCUUUCAAGCAGAAAUUCCAUCACUCCAAGACAGAUCUCUGGCAGAAGCUGAUGAACAUAAAGCAGAGCUGGUGUGGCAGCCAUGGGGUGACUUGGAAACCAACAAAGUCACUCAAGAGAAUGUGGAAAACCUGCUAGCUGCUGCCUGUUCAAGCAUUUUUCCUGGGGCUGGAACCAACCAGGAGCUGGCAUUGCAUUUCUUGCAUGAAGAAAAGGGAAGCAUUCUGGGAGCUCUGACCAAACUGCUGUUGAAGAAGCCAGUGCGACCACCUACCCACCCUUUGGCAGAUUAUCACUACACAGGAUCAGACAAGUGGAAGGUUGCCGAAAAAAAGCUAUUCAACAAAGGCAUUGCAAUCUACAAGAAAGACUUUUUCUUGGUCCAAAAGCUUAUAAAAACCAAAACAGUGUCUCAGUGCGUAGAAUUCUACUACACAUACAAGAAACAGGUGAAAAUUGGUCGGAAUGGGACCUUAAUCUUUGGGGACAUAGAUGGUGCUAAUGAGAGAUCUAUGAAAGAUGAAGCUGAAGUUGACAUCAAGAGUUCCCAUAGGUUUGCACGUGUUCUUCCUCUCAGAAGGGACAUCUUCAGUGAGGAACAGGGGCAUAUGGAGGAGGAAGAAGAGGAAGAAGAGGAGGCAGAGGAAGGGUUGGAUAACAGAAAGAGGAGUGCUGAUGCUCUGAAAGAUGAACAGACACUACAGGAUGGUGUAUUAGCCAGCAACACGAAUAUGAGGAGUCACGAGGCAGCUGUCACGGGCAGACCUGGGAGGAAGCCAAGGGAGACAACAGUGAAGCCUCGAAAGCCUUUUACUGCUCCAGUGCAGAGGAAGAAGAGGAAACAGAAAAUAAAACCAGAUGCUACCAGUAAAACACAAAACACAGAAAACACAUUUCCAUGUAAAAAAUGUGGCAGGGUGUUCUACAAGGUGAAGAGCCGCAGUGCUCACAUGAAGAGCCACGCGGAGCAGGAGAAGAAGGCGGCGGCGCUGAAGCAACAAGAGAAGGAGGCGGCAGCAGCGGCAGCCCGCAGCCAGGCCCAGCAGGAAGAGAGCAGUGACAGUGGGAGCAGCAGCAGCGGGAGCAGCAGCACCAGCUCGGAUGAAGAUGGAGAAAUAUAGCAGCAGACCAGAAGUGGAGGGAGUAGCAAGGCUGGACCCAACCUCCUUCUCAGUGGUCUCAUUUUGCUUGCACUUUUCUUACCUGAACCAUCUGGUUUUGGUUUCAGUGCUGCCAUUUCCUCAUGCCACAUGUUCCACUUCACCUUGCCAGUACUGACCAAGCCAGAAUGGUGGAUAACAAGAUUUGUUUCAACUUGGAUUUAUUUUUUUUUAAGACUGAUAAGAUUUCUAUUCUAUUUAUAAUGAUAUCCAAGGUACAUAAUAGAACAAUGUCACCUGCAGUGGAAGUAAGUUCUCUCAGGUCAGUCAGACCUUUCUUUUUGUUCUUGUCAGGAAUCGUGGUAGUAGGACUCUUGCAUAUAAAGGUUUCCAGACUGGAGCAAGAAAAUGAAGCUCUACUCUGAGCUAAGUGUAUCCAGUUACUGUGACACUGGUGAUUUCUAGUUGUUUCCUUUCUCAGCAAGUUCUUCUUCCUUUUAUCCUUUCCUGCCUUUCUUUCUGAGGAGUUAUUCAGGCAGACAACAAGUUUUGUGGAAAGAUGGUGUGCACUUUUGACCUCUGUUUCACAAAAAUGAAAAGUAGGUUGAGUAAGACACUCUUCCUUUUGAGAGGAAGUUUUAUUUUUCAAACUGAGGUCAGUUAUCUUAUGGCAUUAACAUAGCAAUGGAUAUAAAAAUAACCUGUGGGAUAAGAGUAGCCAGGCCUUGCAGGUUGUCUCAUGUUGGAAAACAAAACAGUCGGCCUUUGAUUAACUUAAAGAAGUCUGGGCUUGACAAGUGCAAUUUGAAAUGAAAAUUGCUGAGUUUGAAUUUACAUAAAUGGGAGCAAGUUUGUUUAGUGAAAAUGAACCCAGAUCUUCUUGUGUGCUAGAUUGUGUGCAACUCAAAGAUGGGAGGAAUGGAGUCUCAUCUCCAGCAGUCAUCCCUCUGUGAAUGCUUUUACCUCUCAAUAUCCUCUUCUGUCUUGUAGCAGCCCUCAUUUGCUCCUUGAAAUUGCCAUCAUCAAGCUUUUAUGGCAGGCCCCUAGUUUCCCAGGCAGUUGCUGUCAGACAGUAUGUACAGGAGAAGCUUGUCACCUGUUUGCACACCAGUGGCAGGGCAGUGCUGCCUGCUGGGUUGUCCUUCUAUGAGCUGUUCUCUUUGCUGAAAGGCUGACUCUUCCUUUAGAACUGACACAAGCUAGUAGCCCAAAAAGUCUAGCCACCAAAAGUUGCUGGUGAAACAGAGUUAAAAAGAAGUGGCCCAGGUGACAGAUGUUGAAUUCACACAGGAUUGUUCCUUACAUCUUUAUAGCCCACAUUUAUCAUUAUUUUGUAAGGAUGCAGAGAAUCACUUGUGCUUCAUGGCCAGCUGGUGCCAUCCUGUAGCCUGGCUGCCCAGUGCUUAGGAGCGGCAGUGAUCCCCAGCUUCUCAGGUGCUGGCACUGUGUCAGACCAGACCGUACUGAAGGAGCUGAUCGCUCCUGUAUUCCCCAGCAGGAAUCCAAGAGAUGUUGUUGUUCGUGAACUACUGAGUGUGCCUGACUGGCAGAUUUUUUUAAGUUUAAAUCUUGAUCCUUCCAGCUGCUAGAAAAAUUCCUGGUUAACUAUAGAAAGAGGCUAUAACUCCACCAUGUCGUCUGUCAGUCUUCUUGCCCUGUAGUUUUAUGCAACCAUGAUAGCUUUACUCUUUUAUUUGGGAGGCUCUGUAUUGUACAACAUUUGCUUUGACAUAUCUAUGCCUUUGCAUAGAAUCCUUUUUCUGAAUAGCAGAAACAGUUAGUACUCUUACAAAAUCAGGAGGAACAUCGUUAAGGACUGCACUCUUUGUAAAGUUGACACUUUCACCUGUAAGUGUUCAAUUUUCUGUCAAGAUUGUAUUUUUCAUCCCUAUCAAAACUGGGGUUCCUUUCAGCAUUUAGAUGACUGUUCCAUGUACCUACAUUGAACUGAUCUUGUUGAAUAAGCAAGAAGCACAUGGCACAUUGUCAACUGUUAAAAUCAUUCAAAAACUACAAAGAACUAAAAGUUGCUUCUUUAAAAGGAAGCUUAAGCAACUCAGUCUUCCUCUUAAAGAUUUCAGCGUUGAUUUUUUUUCUUUUAUAAACUGGGGGAAAUGCUUGUCUGCCAUUAUCUUAGGGCCUUUGGAGAGAAGAGAAGCUUCAGCACAUUGUGUCAGGAGGAACAGUAGGUGGAGCAAUUGCAAGCAUUAUUACAGUCUUCCAAAGGCCAGAUUGUUCACUGAUUCUCCCAGUUUUUCCUCUUGUCAAGGACAAGCUGUUGAGGUGCUGGUUAGAACAAAUCAGAGAUUUUCUUUACUUGCAUAAAAAUGUUGUGUAUAUUAUGUGCUGAUUCCAGUAGUGGUUGUUUCUGUCCCACCCUGCAGCAGUUAGAACUGUAGAACAGAACAGGAAAACUGGACAGUCUGUUACUGGAAGAAAAUCAGAAAAGGGCUUUUCUGAGGAUAACCACUAUAACAGCUGUGGGUUAGCAGGGCUGACCACAAUCAGGCAAAUGUGCUAAAAAAGUGGCAUCAAGUUGGAAUGUUUCUGAGCAUACUUCCAAAUUGCUAGUAGACACUAGAAGACUUCUUUUCUGGCAUGGUAGUAAGUAAAACAGCUCCUCCAAGUGUCAUCUUAAAAGACAAACAAGCAAACCAAGCCUUCUAUUCACUGGCUUACAGAAGGACUUUGGAAUUGAUCCUGCAUUUGAAUUAGAGCUUCCCUACUAGCAAAAGUUGGCAGAGAAUUGUUUCUUAAAAAAAGAACAAGAACAAAACCAAAACCCAAACAACCAGCUCCCAAUUUCUGUGGACAAAUCAUUUAAAUGGAAUUUGUUUAAUCUGGAAUGAGUUAUGCUCCUACUUUUUGUGGGGGAAAAAUAGCUUGAGUGGCUCUUUACUGCAGCACAGUGUUAAUUCCAGUUAAGAUUUAAAAAAACCCAUCCCAAACAAACAAAACUCUUCUCAAUGUUCUGUUGAUAUGUUUGUUUUAAAACUCCCUGCUCAUUAUUUCCCAUCAUUUAAGGGCCUAUUGAUUGAUCCCCAUUUAGUGUAAAGGUUUGCUGCUAAUUUAGAAAAAGGCAGAAGAAAGUCAUUAAUUUGAACAAGGUAUCUCUUUACUUUGAAAAACAAAUGGGAACAAAUAUUUAUAGAAUGCAACUCUGUAAAUGUGUACUAAUAGAUUUGCCUUUUACAGUGCAAGAUCAGGCUUCACGUGGUCAUAUACCCCAUAGUCAGAUGGCUGUAUUUCAGAUCAUUACCUACUUGAGUCUUGAUGCCAGCACUGGGCAUCACGGAGAUGCAGUGACAGGUCACGUUUGCCCUGAUCACGUACUUCUGCCUGUGCUUCUGCUUGCCCUUUACAGGUAGAUGCAGUCUUGUCAGGUUUGUGACCUGCAUGGGAUAGCAUCUGACUUUUGUAAGACUAUGUGUGUAUGUAAUUACUAGAUAAAUGCAUGCACUUGUGAUGCAUAUCUGAUAAAGCUGCAGGUGUUUUGCAGUCUAGCUGCAAGAACCACUCUGCAUUUUAAUUUAUUUGAUGUUUGUUCUUUUACUGAUACAGGU